AUGUCAUACUUCUUCUCCACACCGGUCGAUAUUGACAUUGUGCUCGACGAUGGAGACGACAGGCAGAUGGUGGAUAUCAAGGCGGACAAGGGGCGGCGGGAGAAGGCGCCGCUGUACAAGGACGGCGAGUCUGUAAAGGGGGCGGUGACGAUUCGCCCCAAAGAUGGGAAGCGGUUAGAGCACACGGGCAUCAAAGUGCAGUUCAUUGGAACUAUUGAGAUGUUCUUCGAUCGAGGCAACCACUACGAGUUCCUCUCCCUGGGCCAGGAAUUAGCUGCGCCAGGCGACCUCCAACAUCCGCAGACUUUCGAAUUCAACUUCAAGAAUGUGGAGAAGCAAUACGAAUCCUACAGCGGCAUCAACGUGCGCCUGCGCUACUUUGUCCGCGUUACGGUGUCGAGGAGGAUGGCGGAUGUGAUUAGAGAGAAGGAUAUCUGGGUCUAUUCGUACAGGAUACCUCCCGAGAUGAACAGUUCAAUUAAGAUGGAUGUGGGAAUCGAGGAUUGUUUGCACAUCGAGUUCGAAUACUCGAAAUCAAAAUACCAUCUGAAGGAUGUGAUUGUGGGCCGGAUCUACUUCUUGCUGGUGAGAUUGAAGAUCAAGCACAUGGAGUUGUCUAUCAUUAGGAGGGAGACAACGGGUGCGGCGCCGAACCAGUAUAAUGAGAGCGAGACUUUGGUGCGAUUCGAGAUCAUGGAUGGCUCUCCAUCCAGGGGAGAGACUAUCCCUAUCCGACUCUUCUUGGGUGGUUUCGACCUGACUCCUACCUUCCGCGAAGUCAACAAGAAAUACUCCACCAGAUAUUACCUGAGCCUCGUGCUCAUCGAUGAGGAUGCCCGAAGAUAUUUCAAACAAUCCGAAAUCGUCCUCUAUCGCCAACAACCUGAAAUCGCAGCAGCAGCAGGUCAGCAAACACAAAUCGCCGGCGCGCCUCCCCCUGAGCGCUCGCAGGCGGCUUAA